AUGAACGAAUUUUAAACAUUUUUUGUCGGUUUGGGAGAUCGAUAAUAUACUCCCAUUUCGGAUGAAUACAGAAAAUAAUUUAAGAUCAGAGGUGACUUCAUCUACCCAUCUAAUAAAAAGUUUGAUCAAAUUUGUAAGAGGUUGAAAGAUGAAAAAUUGAGAAGCAAAAGAAAAUGGGACAACUCUUUUAAAUUAUUUAUGAUUUGGUUUCUGGUUAAAUAUUUUGAGAAAUAGAACCUUACUAAUAUUCUUCCGGAUGAGAAUGACUGGGUUAAUUUCGAAAAUAUCCUUAAAAUUGACAGACAUUCAUUAAAGCAGAGAUGGAUAACCCUCAUAAACCCACAGAUGAAAUCAACUAACUGGCUUCAAGAAGAGGAUGAUUUCAUCAAAACACAAAUGAAGUAGUCUAAUCAAUUUAAACAUAGCCAAAAGCAUAAACACAUUUGGACACAGAUAGCAGUCUCACUAUACGAAAGAAAUCUGUAAGGUAACAUACGAACACCUAAACAAAUAAGGGAAAGAUGGAUGAAUUAUCUUAACCCUGAAUUGAAUAAAGAUCAAUGGAUGCUCAAGGAGGAUUUGAUUAUUCUCAAUAACGUUGUAAAGAAUGGAAAGAAAUGGUCCUAAAUUUCAUAAUAGUUAAAUGGAAGAACAGAGAAUUAAGUCAAAAAUCGCUACAAAUCUCUAAUUCAUAAAAUAUGCAAAGAUGAUGAAUGUGAUGAAAUUGAUAUGGUUAAACAAUACAUAAGAAAAAAUCAAGCUCAUGUGGAUUCCAAUAAGUAAGGAAUCAUAGGAAAAAGAGGUAGGCAUAAAAAAGGAAUAAGAAGUAAAGACUAAAAUGUUGAAUCAAGAAAAUAAAGAAAUCUCCCAAAAAUCAUAAAACAAGAAGAAUAACUAUCACAUUAAUCAUUUAAUUAACCAGCAUAAUUAAUUAUUUAAUAAGCAUAACAAUAAUAGUAAUAGUAAUAAUAUUAGUAAUAAUAAUAAUAAUAAUAGUAAACUUAACAAAUGUAAUUGUAACAAUUACAAUAGUAAAUGAAUUUUAAUAAUGAAGAAAUGAAGAUUGCUUUAAACUUACACUCUAAUUUCCUUUAAGAAGAUAUGAAAAAUGCAACACCUUUAAUGAUGAUAUAAUGUUUAACAUCACCUGGGUAUCAAUUUUUAGAGAAUCAAUUCUUAAAACAAUUAUCUCCAGGAAUAGUUGAGGAAGGAGAGUGCAAUCAGAAUUCCUCUUUGCAAUUACAUAAAUUAAAUAAUAUGUAUAAAGCCAGUUCCGCUUCACCAUUUUUGUUGCCCUCCAUGUUGCAAUCUCCAUUUUGGAAUAACGAAUAAUAUUUGUAGUAACAUGAUGAAUAAAUGGCACCGCCUAUGCAGACAUAGUAAUUUACAUAAUAGAUAUCUACUACUCCUUUUUUGAAUUUAGGUUAUUUAGGAAAACCUAAAUUAAAUGGUUUUUCCAAUAAAAAAGAACUAGACUUAUUACAAGAGAACCCAAUUUAAUCAUUUAAUAAAAGAAGAAAUCUUAAUUAAUAGUGA